GGCGUUCCCAGGACGCUGAUGUAAACACAAAAUACGCCUCAUCCCCCGUCGGAUGAGUGACAGUGGAGCGAGAUUAACCCAAAUAGCCGUCGUUGUUCGGGGAAAACGCUCCGUGUCCGUCGUGUGUAAUAUGCGUUGAAGCGCAGACAGGCGACGCCAUGGACUUCUACAUCAAUCUGAAGGUGAAUUUCAGAGGAAAUUCCAAAAAUUUCCUGCUGUCGGGAUCCGAGACCAAGAGCUGGGAGUCGAUGGAGGCCAUGGUGAAGCGUUCAUUUGGCCUGAGCAGUCUUCAGCUGACCUAUUUCGAUGAGGAGAACGAGGAGGUGUCCAUUAACAGCCAAGUGGAAUACGAAGAGGCAUUGAAGAGUGCAGCGAGGCAGGGGAACCGACUACACAUGAAUGUGUACGAGACUCGGGGCCAGCCGGCGAGGGUCUCCACCACCAAGGCCAGCGGAACAGAGCCCAAGAGGGGCUUCAGACCCCCCCAGCACUGCCCCACUCUGGCCCAGGUGGUCAGCCGCAAAAUCCAGGCUGCAGUGCCAGAACAGGGCAUGGUGAUCAUGAAAGAUGUGAAGGGGACCAAAGAAGAAGACAAGACUCCUCCAGCCUGGUUCACCUCUUACAUGGAGAAGUUUAAGGACCAGGUUGUGCGUGAGGCGGUAGAGAAGAUCUGCCGGGAGUUCUCUGGACAGUGCUGCAUUCACAAGCCCCUCGGAGGAGGAGGAGGAGGAGCAGGAGCAGGAGGUGGGGGAGGUAGAGGGGACGCAGUAGGAGGAGCAGAGGCCCAGCAGGUCCCUGAGGUGUCCUCCUCCACCCUGCCUGGAGCUCCAUCCUCCUCCACCCCCCCCUGCUCCUCCUGCCGGGGGCAGACCACCGGAGGAGGCUACCAGUGCAGUGUGUGUACGUCCUGUACUCUGUGCGAGCCCUGCAGUUUCUCCCAUGAUCCCAGUCACAACCUGGUGAGAGCCCGGACUCCUCUGUCCAUCCCCGAGCACGGCUCCCCAGCCCCGGACCACAGCAGAUUUUACAGGCGAGGUGACCGCAGUUUCCGAAAGGCGGAGAAGCAGCGGCUGAAAGCGGAGAAGCGCCUGCUGAAGGCCGAGGUCAAAGAGAUCCGGAAACAGCUGAGAAUGGAGAGGCGGGGCAUCCAGUGGAGCUCCUCCCACCAAGAUGGAAGCUCCUCCCCUGUCCUCCUGCAGCCGCGAGCCACCCAGCACAGCAGCCCCGAGCGUCCAAAGCGUCCCUGUCCCCUGGUGGUUCCAGCCAUGACGGCCGCAUUUCUGGACGAGAACCUUCCUGAUGGAACCCGACUGCGUCCCGGGACCAAGUUUAUCAAGUACUGGAAGAUGAGGAACACUGGAACAAUCUGCUGGAGUGCUGAUACUAAGCUGAAGUUCAUGUGGGGGAACCUGGCGGUGGGUUCAGGGGACCGUUGGAGGGAAGUGUCUGUUCCCUUCCUGCAGCCAGGACAGGUUGGUAUAGUGAGCGUAGCGCUGUGUGCUCCCACUGUGGACGGCUCCUACACCUCCCACUGGCGCCUGGCCCACGCCGGAGAGCAGUUUGGACCCAGGGUCUGGUGCAGCAUCGUGGUUGAUCCUCUGGCCCCAGCGCCCAUGAUGGCUGAUGGGAUACUGGUGUCACCCUGUGUCACACCGCAGGGUAAGAACCCAGUGGCAAAGGAUGGGAAAGCCUGCGCAGCGAGGGAGCAGCCAUUAAUGUCAGUGGACCAAGAAGAGUACUACAUCCCCUCUGUGGAUCUGCUUACUGCACAGGAUCUUCUGUCUUUUGAGCUGUUGGACAUCAACAUCGUCCAAGAGUUGGAGAGUGUCCCAAACAACACCCCUGCUGACAUGACUCCAUGCAUGUCCCCUCUGCCUCAACAUGGACCCCUGCAGGACAAGAGCAGUCCCUCUUUGGGUCUGAUCCAGGAAGAGACUGAAGUCAUCAAUAGCAUCAUGGAUGUCCCUCAUGGGGCGGGAUCGGGAGCAGAGGGGGGCGGAGUCCCAGCUCAGGAGGAAGGAGAAGAUGACAUCAGCGGGACUCAGUUUGUUUGUGAGACUGUAAUUCGCUCACUGACCCUGGAGGAGCCGCUAGACCACACCCCUCUGAGAGGGCCCCGCCCCGGGAAAGGGACAGUGGUGCGUCCAGCUGCUCAGGGCGGCUCCUCCUCCUCCUCCUCCUCCUCCUGUGUGAAGAGUAAAACGGUGAAAGCAGAGGAGAGCCCAGACAGCAGCCCCAGCACCUCUGAAAACCCCCUGAAAGCGCCAGCUACGCUGCAAGUUUCCCUCCCUCCCCCGCUGAAAUCCUCCCUGCCUACCCCCCUGUCUGUGACCCCGGCACCCGGCCCCAGCUCAGCACCGACCCCGCUCCUCGCUCCGCCCAGCUCCACACAGCAGGAGCACACAACCACAGUUGAAGGUGAGGAGUCCCCCAUGGAGAACAUGUGUGCGGAGUCCAGGGUGGAGGAGAGAGAGACGGGGCCCGAGGAGGAGAAGGAGAAAGAGGGAGAGGAGAAGAGAGAACGGACGAGGAGUCGCUCCUCCUCCACCUCCUCAGAGGAUUACAUCAUCAUCCUCCCUGACUGCUUUGACACCAGUCGGCCACUGGGGGAGUCCAUGUACAGCUCUGCUUUGUCCCAGCCCGGGGACAUCCCAGCCAAGACCCCCACAGACCCAGAAACCCCAUCUCCCGACCACCCGGGCACUUCCCCCUCAGAGGGGGAGCUGGGUGAGGCAGAUGAAGCCACGGCGGCUUCGGGGAUGGGGGUGUCGGGCGCCAGCAGCGCCAACGACAUGCUUUGUACGUCUCAGACGCUGGACGAUGAGCCGUUGACUCCUGAAGUGGUGGCACCGCCCACCGUCACACCAAGUCCAGGGAGCAGUGGAGAACCAGAUGUUGACCCUGAUGCUGCCGAGGAGGGAGCAGAGGGCUCUGAGCUGUACCAAACUGAGGAUGCCUCCGGUCCUGAACAAACUCAGACAGAUGAUACUGAAGCUACUGAAGACACAGAGGAUGACAACCCGGAGGACCCCAGGCACCCAGGCAUCACCAGCGGCCUGGUGAAAGGAGCUCUGUCAGUAGCUGCUUCCGCCUACAAGGCUCUGUUCACAGGACAAGGCCCCACACAGCCUCCAGUGGACGCGUCCACUCAGGACACCAUGAUGGCCGUGCUGGUGGAGAUGGGUUUUGGGGAUCGGCCGCUGAACCAGCGGCUGCUGAAGAAAUACAACUACAACCUGCUGGACGUGGUCAACGAGCUGGUUCAGAUGACUGACAAUGACUGGUACUCCACACGCUACUGAUGAGAGAGAAAGACAGAGAGAGAGAGAGAGAGGAAGACGAGCAGGAAGCGGAGAAAAGAAGAGAGAAGGAGAUGAAACAAGAAAUCAUGGAUGAA